AUGGGCCUGAUCUGGCUGCUUCUGCUCAGCCUGCUGGAGCCCGGCUGGCCCGCGGCUGGUCCCGGGGCGCGGCUGCGGCGCGAUGCCGGCGGCCGCGGCGGCGUCUACGAACACCUCGGCGGGGCGCCCCGGCGCCGCAAGCUCUACUGCGCCACCAAGUACCACCUCCAGCUGCACCCGAGCGGCCGCGUCAACGGCAGCCUGGAGAACAGCGCUUACAGCAUCCUGGAGAUAACGGCGGUGGAGGUGGGCAUCGUGGCCAUCCGGGGGCUCUUCUCUGGACGGUACCUGGCCAUGAACAAGAGGGGCCGGCUCUACGCUUCGGAGCACUACAGCGCCGAGUGCGAGUUUGUGGAGCGGAUCCACGAGCUGGGCUACAACACGUACGCCUCCCGGCUGUACCGGACGGUGCCCAGCGGGUCGGGGGCCCGGCGGCAGCCCAGCGCCGAGAGACUGUGGUACGUGUCUGUGAACGGCAAGGGCCGGCCCCGCAGGGGCUUCAAGACGCGCCGCACGCAGAAGUCCAGCCUGUUCCUGCCCCGCGUGCUGGACCACAAGGACCACGAGAUGGUGCGGCUGCUCCAGAGCGGCCAGGCCAGGCCCCCGGGCGGGGGGCGCGCAGCCAGGGAGGCCCCGGGGCGCGAAGCCCUCGUGUGCCCCAGCCCCACGGCGGGGCUCCAGGCUCACGGCUGGGCUGGCCUAGCCAGGGCCCGAGUGUCCCCGUCGGAGCUCCGGUUUCGUCAUUGA